UCGCUACCCCGCCGACGGGUACUUAAUCGUAGUAUCGAUUAAACGUUAGGUUAGGUAGGUACAUCCCGGCUUGCUAUAUGGUUAAGUAGGUAGGUACCUAGGUUUAGGUACUGCAAGGAAGCUGCGGGCUCCUGCAAGCUCUAAAGUUGUUAUGUUAUCCAUCAGUCGAUUUUUACCUAUUGCGAACCUCAAAAAUUUAUCGGCGACCUAUGAUAAAUGUGACGGCUUGAAGAAUACACGCCACUCCGCCUUGACAAACACCAUAAGAAGUUACUGAACGAAGUUAAUCCCGAUUAAAUACGCCUCCACAAAUACGCAUACAAAAUUAUGGCUAUAAACUACAGCCCGCGGAGUGUCGCCGACGCUACGCGAUUUACAUCCAAUACCCCCCAUGCGAAUGCGAAAGCCGCAUCCCGCUCUCCCCCGUCGUCAAGCAGCUCUUCCCCCUCCACUACCUCAUCACAGCCAACCCAGAGAAGUAUGCCGCCGCCCGGCAUGCCCAGGCCUUCGGCGCCCGAGACCAUGGAAGAGCGCGUACGUCGGUUGCGGGCCGCACACCUCGCGGCGAGGAAGCAUGAGACAUCGCGGUUUGACCGUGUUGUCGGCGUAUCCAGGAGGUACUUUGAUGCCGCUCACAAGUUCACUGUUCUGGGCUUAAUCGGAUUUAGCGGCCUUGCACUCUUCGUCACAGUCUACGCAACAGCCGAUAUGAUGGUAUACAAUCACAAGCGCCGGAACGAGUUUUUCUCACUCCGGAAGCAACUUAAGACCGACAGUCUGGAAGCUGCACGGUUGGCGUACAUGACGGGCACAGCAUCCGAGGAACAAAUUACGCUUGUAGAGGAAGCCGAGGAAAAAGCCAGACAGUCGGGCAUAAGCCUACCGCCCUUACUGUCUUCGCCAAAGCCAAUUGCUUCGGAAGCGGGCGCAAUUGAGAGCAUGGAAAGAAGCGCCUGGCCGGGAGAGUCUAUGGUCGAGAGUAGUGGGUCCGCUGCGAACGAGGUAGAGAAGCCUAAGAAGAAGGGCUUCACUUCGUGGUUAUUCGGGGGGCUAAAGAAUGAAGAGGCUGGCGAGGAGCCCUUACAAUUCGACAAAGAAGCCGCGGCAGCUUCGGGUCUACCUUCGCGAUCGAGUAUCGCCAAUGCGGUUGACGGGUCGCAACAGGCGUUAAAGGACAAGGCGAAGGCAGCAUUCGACCAGGAGCGGGAGAAUCAAAGGAAUGGAGGGCCUCUAGACCAGGUCGGUUCGAGCGGGAAGUUGACUAGUAAUGAAACCAAGAAGAGCGGGUGGCAGUAGUGAGGUUGAUAAAAACUACUACCAUAGUCUUCAAGAUCUUCAACGAUGUAGGACCGGCGAAGUUAAGAGGACGGUGGCAAUUGCUAUAUAAGCCAACCGGCUGCAAUACUCCGCUGUAUAUAGGUUACUAACGACGUUUAUAUCGGAUAUGGCAUGAGUUUGGUAUACUCGUUGAUGAAAAGAAUAUCGGUGUAUCAUUACCGUAUGAAAAGGACAGAGCAUUACACUGGGCGUACCGGACG